AUGAAGUUUGGUGAACAUCUUAAAAGCAGUCUUAUCAAGGACUUCAAUUUCUACUAUAUCGCGUACGAUGACCUUAAAUACCAAUUGAAAAAAGGCCUCAACAAGAACGAUGAUACCUGGUCAAGCGAUCUCGAAGAACAGUUUCUUACUUCUCUCGAAUCCGAAUUAGACAAGGUUUACUCCUUCACCGUGCUCAAGAAGGGGGAAAUUCAAAAGAGAAUUAAGAGCACCGAGAAAUUGGUCAAUGAGGUGGUGGAGGCCGUGGAUUCUGAUCAUCCGCCACUUGAAGAGGACUUCCUCGAGUUGGAAGAUGAAUUAUCGGAUAUCAUUGCCGAUACCCACGACUUGGCGAAAUUUACCAAACUCAACUAUACCGGUUUUCACAAAAUCAUCAAGAAGCACGACAAGCAAACCAAAUUCCAUUUGAAGCCGAUUUUCCAGGCCAGAUUAGAUUCCAAACCGUUCUUCAAGGACAACUACGACAAUUUGAUUGUCAAGUUAUCGAAGCUCUAUGACUUGGUCAGAACUAGAGGUAAUCCUGUCAUUGGUGACUCAGCCGCGGGUGGAAAGCAACAAAAUUUUGUGCGUCAAACUACCAAGUAUUGGGUUCAUCCUGACAACGUCACGGAAUUGAAGUUGAUUAUCCUUAAGCAUUUGCCAGUGUUGGUUUUCAAUUCCAACAAGGAAUUUUCUACUGACGAUUCUGCCAUCACUUCGAUCUACUUUGACAAUAGUAAGAUGGAUUUGUAUUAUGGUAGAUUAAGAAAAGAUGAAGGUGCCGAAGCUCAUAGAUUACGUUGGUACGGUAAUAUGAAAAGCGACACGAUUUUCUUUGAAAGAAAGACCCAUAGAGAAGAUUGGACUGGGGAAUCAUCGGUGAAACAACGGUUUUCCACCAAAGAAAAACAUGUCAAUGAUUUCAUCAAGGGUGAAUACACAGUUCCGCAAGCUUUUGAGAAAAUGAGAAAGGAAGGGAAGAAAAGUAGAAAAGAGAUUGAAAAUUUGGAAGCCUUGGCAUCCGAAAUUCAAUAUGCAAUGAUCAAGAGAAAACUAAGACCAGUCAUGAGAUCAUUUUAUCACAGAACUGCUUUCCAAUUACCAGGGGACGCGAGAGUCCGUAUUUCUCUUGAUACGGAAUUGUCAUUGGUGAGAGAAGAUAAUUUUGACGGACACGACAGAACUAAUGGCAACUGGCGUAGAACCGAUAUUGGUAUUGAUUGGCCAUUCAAUCAAUUAGAUGAUAAGGAUAUCUGCAGGUUCCCUUAUGCAGUUUUGGAAGUUAAAUUGCAAACUCAAUUAGGCCAAGAACCUCCUCAAUGGAUUCGUGACUUGAUUGCUUCCCACUUGGUCGAAGCAGUACCUAAGUUCUCUAAAUUCAUUCAUGGUUGUGCUUCUUUGCUUCCAGAAAAAGUUGAUUUGAUUCCAUUCUGGUUACCUCAAAUGGACGUUGAUAUUAGAAAACCAAAACUAGUUGAAGGGGUAGGUAUUCAAAAGAUUCACCAUGACAAUAAUAGCGAUAGCAAUCAUGCUACCGCCGAGUUCUUGGACGAGGAAGAACUUCUUGGUGGUAACUAUCAGUCAACAAACUCUGCCUCCAUCGUUGCUAAUGUUGGCGGUGACUCAGAAAGUUCUCCAUUAUUGAUCAACUCUUAUUCGGCACGCAAAGUGAAUACUAACGGUUUCUCCCUUGUGCCAAAAUUCAUUAGAGAUUACUUUGAUGAUGAUAGGGAAUAUAAGAUUCCCCAAGGCACAGUGUUUGAAACCCGGAUCAAGGCGCCUCCAGGAAAGCAAAUAUGUGUUCCAGUGCGGAUCGAACCAAAAGUAUACUUUGCCACUGAACGUACUUUCCUUUCGUGGCUUUCUAUUGCUAUGGUCCUUGGGGCUACUGCCACCACUUUGCUCAGCUAUGGUGGUUCUGGAGCUUCACUCGUUUCAUCUAUUGGGUUUUUCGUUAGUGCCAUUUUAACAAUUAUUUAUGCCACAGUAUUGUACAUUUGGCGUGUAUACCAAGUUAGAGAAAAGAAGGCAACCGACUACACUGACAGAGUUGGGCCUGCUGGUAUUUGUGGCUUGUUGAUGAUCUCUACCUUUUUGACCUUUGUGUUCAAGUACACUGAAUAA